UGCAAGUUGGAGUUUCAUGCGUGUACUUCUGGCAAAACCAUCACGGCUCGAUGCGAAGGGCCCUGCCCCUGCCUUCCAGGACCUGAAAGUUCAAAACACAAGACUGAGAAGACUGCUUGCACAGACAAGGAACUGAGGAGCCUCGCGUCGCGACUAAAAGACUGGUUCGGCGCUCUUCACGAGGAUGCGAAUCGUGUCAUCAAACCAACAAGCUCGGAGAUGGCACAAGGCAGAUUUGACACCAGCAUACUACCAAUCUGUAAGGAUUCCUUAGGCUGGAUGUUCAACAAACUUGACAUGAACUAUGACCUGCUGCUGGAUCCCUCGGAGAUCAGUGCCAUUUAUCUGGAUAAGUAUGAGCCGUGCGUCAAGCCUCUCUUCAACUCUUGUGACUCCUUCAAAGAUGGAAAGCUUUCGAACAACGAGUGGUGCUACUGCUUCCAGAAGCCGGGCGGUCUUCCUUGCCAGAAUGAAAUGAAUAGAAUUCAAAAGCUAAGUAGAGGGAAGAGUCUGUUGGGUGCUUUCAUCCCACGGUGCAACGAAGAAGGUUAUUACAAAGCCACUCAGUGCCAUGGCAGCACAGGGCAGUGCUGGUGUGUCGAUAAGUACGGGAACGAGAUAGCCGGCUCAAGAAAGCAAGGGACAGUGAGCUGUGAAGAAGAGCAAGAAACCUCAGGGGAUUUUGGCAGUGGUGGAUCUGUUGUGUUGUUGGAUGAUUUGGAAGAGGAGCCUGAAGCAAAAAAAGACAAAGAAGGGAAACUGAAGAUUCAUGUAAGAGCAGCUAAUGAAGAUGAUGAAGAUGAAGAUGAUGAUAAGGAUGAUGAAAUUGGUUAUAUAUGGUAGUGCCCGUCAUAAUGAGGACUCACGUUUUGCACAAUAUUGCAAGUCACAUCAUAUCUCUGCAAUUGUAUCUGAGAGUACCUGGCACAAAUAUUCCCUCUCUACUGAGUUUAAUUUUGUAUUAUCUAUUUAAUUUGGAAGACAACUGUUUUUUUCAGCAAGGACUGUUUGGAAUACUGCUUUUGUUCAGUCGGUUUGGGGGAUUUUUGUUCUAUCCACAGGGUCAAUGAGUUUUGUUUCGAAAACAUUUCAUGUCUUAAUCCUCACUUGCACAGCUCAUGA